GCCAGGUACAAAAAGGGUGGUUCUUUCUCUCGUCGUUGGUUGGUAGAAAGUGAUCUAGUGGCGGCGCCUCAAGAACAAGUGCAAGCUCCAUCGGGAGAUAUUGUUCUCGUGAGAAUGUCUUUGUGCAUGACACGCCAAAAAUGCGUUCUACUCUCAAUCGUGCUUUCCACGGGCUCGAUCAUCCUGUACAGUAUGGUGAAUGGGGGCCCAGUUACCCUGUUACGAACCGAGCUCAGACUUGACACUCCCCAAGAAACCACAGAAAUAUACGAAAGGGAGAACACGCAAAAGUUGGAAGAGUGGCAGAGAGCAUUGUGCAAAUCCAGUGUCACCGAUGAACCUGAAUAUUCGCAGACGCUGACCCUGCCGAUGCUUGCUAGGGACAUUACGCCCAACGCCAGCGACUAUAACGUGUACCUCUCGGAGACAGGCUGCAACCCACGCCCACUGUACAGAGCGUGGUGUUCCGUCGAGAGCUUCGCACUGCAAAACCCAACAGCCAAGAUCUGGUACGUGAUCACCGCCCCGUACGUGGACGACACGGACAGCCUCGUCACAAUCCUCAGCGAGAGGUACAAGAAUUUAGAAGUCGUGGGCGCCGACCUCGACAAGAUGUUCACCGGAACUCCGCUUGAGAAACUUUUUAAGUCGGGGAAAUGGACGCGAAAUACACCCUGGCCGGCGAACAACCUCUCCAACCUUCUGCGGAACGUCCUCCUGUGGCGGUGGGGAGGGCUGAACGCCGACACCGACUGCAUCUGCGUCAGGAACGUCACGCACCUGCGCAACACGCUCUCUUACGACGAGAAGGACAGGGUCGCCAACAACGCCAUCAUGCACUUCGAAGCCCGCCAUCGGUUCGUUCUCGCAACCAUGGAAUACCUGAAACGAAAUUUCAAGGUCGCUACGUGGCACGUCAACGGGCCAGGGGCGGCUUCGCACAUCGUCCAGGAGCUCUGCGGAACCAAGGACCUCAGUCAGCUCCUUUCCAGGAAAUGCGACAGCGUGGAGUUGAUGCCGUUGAAGAACAUGCAACUUUAUAACUGGAAAGAGUGGAAGAAUUUCUUUGAAAAGGGAAAAGGAAGCAAAUUCACAGAGGACCACAAAGACGCCUACAUCUUGCAUAUGUAUAACAAGCUCAGCAAGAAACGCGCCGUUGAAAUAGGUUCCCAAACCAUCUACGACAGUGUUGCCAGCGUCGUCUGUCCCCUCACGUACGAGGCCGCCAAGCGGAGGGCCUACUUCUUCUAGGUCGAGUGGAUGUUGUUGGUGCGGAUAUUUUUAUUGGAUUGGAUGUUUCUCUCUUCUUGUUUCAUUUUCUUCUUCUUUCCCUACUACUGCCUUUUCCAUCUCAUUAUCUGGGUGUUUUUGUGCUGGAUGGCCACGUGGAAUAAAACUUGGGAAAUCCUAGAAUUAUGUUAGAAUUCAUUUAUUUACUACCCAAAUACGUCUUCGUCUUGUUUUAUGUUUUUGUGGAAUGAUUUUAGAUUUGGUUUUCGGAAUGGGUUUUUGGUCUUGAUGUUUUUCAGAUGGAUAUGUUUGUUGUGAAUGUUUUUUGAACAUUGUUUUUGGAUUGGAUGGUUUUAAUGGGAAGUAUUCGUAAGUUAUGAUGUAUAUUUGGGUAUCAUUGUGCAACCAUUAACAGGAAAUAUCCUUGGCAGUUUGAAACGUAUUAGACCAGUGGAUCCCAAGUUUUUUUUCUGGUCGUUAUCCACGUCUCAUGAGCGACCCUUGUCCAUGACCCACCGUCAAGGAUAACCCAUGACUACAGUGUCUCUACAAUAGUACAUCCAUUAGUUUAAUAAAGAAUAAUAAAAAACUAGUAACUUUUGUAAUUUUAUUGGUUCCAUUUGCUAUUUUUUCUUUUGUUAGGAAAAAUGCAGUUUGCCUUUUGCUGAAUCUGAUAUGAUUAUUGGAAUAGUACUAAAGAAGUAACAAUGUGCAUCUACACAGAAAAUAUGUUAAGGGGUUGUGUCGAAUCGUUCAAUAUCGAACAGAAUCUUAUGUUAAGGAAGGGUUGGUAUUUUGGGUUUCGAAUCUGUCUCGUUCUGAUUCAUGUCUCGGUUUGUCGUUCUGGGAUUCAUAUGGAUUCACGGUGAGACGAUGAUUUUAUGCCCGUAAGGCAUGGAAUACGCCUUGCAAUAUUCAGAUAAGCCACACAUACCCAAAAGUAGUUGGAAAAUCAGGGAUGCCGACAGUUUCGUAGCGUCAACAACUAUAUUUAAAAGAUAUAUUGUUGCUUGUGUCAGAAUAUUUAGCAUGAUUUUCUAAUGAUAUUCUUCUGUGUAGCUGUACACAUGAAAUGUA